AGAGACUGAGCUGGUCCAGCGGCUGUAGUACUGUAGUGAUGGAAGCGGGCGUGUGGUUCAUGCUGCUGGGUGUGCUGCUGGUCAUGACCGAUAUGGGCCAGUCCAUCCCCAAAGAUGACAUACUGGAGCAGAGCAAACUCCUGCUAGAGUCACACGAGGACGCAGACAGAGACAACAUGCUGGAGAGUCGUGGGGCCACGGAGGAGCAGAUGGAUCAUCUUCUGGAAGAUCGUCUUCUGGUGGAAAUGUUGCGCUCUUUACUCCACGGCUCUCAGAGAUACGAACGCAACCCUUCAGUGCUGCACCAGCCACAGCGGUUUGGUCGGGGGACUCGGAGUGGCUUGUCCACAGAGGAAAGGAUACAGUCUCGGGACUGGGAGACGGUUCCCGGACAGAUCUGGAGCAUGGCUGUGCCACAAAGAUUUGGCAAAAAAUAACACUACUCAUAUUAAAAACUGAGUGAGGACUUUAGAGUCUUGUAUUUAUUAGAUCUGAAUCAUCUGUAAGCAUCUCAUUCUCCAAUUCUUGUCUCACCUACUAAACCAACCCAAUGGUUUAGUAGAUGGACAAUUGGUCGCUCUUCUGUGCAUUUCAACAAACCCUGUAAUAGUAAUUAUAACACAACAAAACAAUAAUGUUUAAAUGUAUUUUUUCAUACGUUUUGGGGGAGGAAAUAGUCAUGUGAGGGCAUGUUGUGAUUAUCCACUCUAAAUCAUAUGUGUUGUAUAAUGUAUUUUCUGGGUAUAAAUAAAUAAUCAGCUGCUUGUUCAGAGACA